AUGCAGUUCUCCGUCGUCAUCACCGCCGUCCUCUCGGCCAUUGCCGUUCCUGCCGUUCUUGCCGCCGAGUGCAAAGUCGGACGUAACUCUCCCCAGACAGACUGCUGCUGGGGCAAGGGCCAGAAGUCUUGCAUGAACCAAAACGGCGAUUCGGUUUGGUGCGCGUCCAACUCUGCCAACUUCUGCUACAAUGUCAAGAGACAGGGUACCCAGAUUCCCGUUUCGGACACUUGUGAUGCCGAUUGCUGCGACACCGUCACCGGUUGGGGUAUUGGAUGCCCCAAGUAA